AUGGCUUACCUGAAGGAGGCGUUCGCCGAGCUGUGGAGACAGGACGGCCUCGUGGUGAUGGCGAGGGGCCUGGGGGUCCGGCGGCUGAUGGCCAAGUUUCUCUUGCUGCACUGCAUGCACGGGGACGCCGCCAGACCGUCCCCUGCGUCGGAGGAAGCGGAAGAGGAGACCGGGGACGGGCAGGAGGGGGACGUUGGCAGACCGUCCCCCCUCUCAGAGCAAAGGAAAGAAGAGACUGGGGAGGAACAUCAGGGUGAGGGCGAGAGUCAAGAUCGUUCUCAGGGAGAAGGAACAGAACGCCAAGAUGGUGGUGCCUUAAAUGAUCUCGGCGGUGCCCGAAAGAAGAGACAUCGCGACAAAGAACAUGUACAAGGAAGGGAGAAGGAGCAACAGGAACAGGCCGAAAAGGGGAAACACCCUUCACCAUCAUCCCGAGCAGGCAAAGGUGUCGAUCGCCAAAAGAACGCCCCUUUAAACGGCGGGAGCGGGAGUUCUUCGGAAGCAGGGGUUUCCAAGAUAGGGGGGGGGGCUUCUUCCGAACCGUCAGGGGUUAGGCCGCUUGUUCUGUGCCUGAACGCCAAGGGGGAGGAGGAGCUUUUAUUGGACGCGCUUAUGGCGGACGGGGUUCCCCCGAACCGUUUACCCGAGGUGGUGGACGCGGAGUGCACGCCUGCGCAGCGCGGAGUUCUGUACGCGUCAGGAGGUGUUUACAUCGUCACGUCGCGGGUACUCAUCGUCGACCUACUGACCAAGACGGUGAAGCCCGAGCAAAUAUCGGGCAUGCUGGUCCACAACGCCCACCGCGUGGUCGAGACGUCGAGCGAGGCAUUCAUCCUUAGGAUAUAUCGGGAGGGGAACGGAAGUGGUUUCGUGAAAGGCUUUACGGACGAGCCGGAGUCCCUCCUCGCCGGCUUCGGCAAGCUAGAAAAGAUUCUGCGCAACCUAGGUGUGGCUAAGGUCUUCCUCUGGCCGCGAUUCCACAGCCUCGUGGCGGAGUCGUUGGAACGACGCCCUCCCCAGGUGGAGGAGCUGGUUCAAGGCCUCACGGCCCCCACGAAAGAGGUGCAGCAAGCGAUCGUGGUACUGAUGGAUCACACCCUGAGAGAGCUCAGGGGAGCGGCACCUUCCCUCGACAGCGCUGAGCUUACAGUCGAGAGCUGCAUCUUCAACUCCUUCGAUAGGUCAGCGCAACGCCAGCUCGAGCCAGAGUGGCAUCGCGUCGGCUUCAAAACCAAACAGCUGCUCCAAGACCUCAAGACCUUGCGGUCGUUGCUGGAUUACGUGUUUCGGUACGAUGCCAUCACCUUCUACCAGCUCCUGCUGGGGGAGAAGAGCAAGGCCGCAGCCGUACGGGAUCCCCCUCUGUGGAUCGGAACUUCAGCGGCCGAUAGGUUGUUCGUGACGGCGAAGGUGAAGCUGGUUCUGGAGGAAAACGCGAAGUGGCGGCUUGCGGCCGACGUGAUGAAGGAGAUCCGCGACCUCCACGCCGCGAGACAGAGGCAACGCGUGGUUUCGAAAUCGCCGGUGCCGGCGGAGUCGUCAGCGGUUGUAGAGCCGGCGGGGGGAGCGAGGGUGCUCGUCCUGGUGAAGGAUGAGCAGACGUGCACGCAGCUGCGGGAGCACUCUGCUUUCGGGGGCCCCGCGAUGAUGAAGAGGCGCUUCCUCCAGUUCGUCCGAGAGUCCGAGGAGCGUACGGGAAGGGUCGCUGCCGCAAGGGGGGCCGGCGGAUGGAAGGGAGGACGUCGGUGGAAUAGCAAAGGCGGUGAGUCUGCCGGGCGUUGGGGCGCGAAACCCAAACGCGGCGGAAUGAGCGGGGUUGGCGUCGGCGCUUCCCCUGCUUUUCGUCAUUCUUCAUCCUCUGCUACGGCGGGAGGAAGAGGAGGCGGGGAGGGAGCGACGAAGGCGACGAAGCUCAGCUUGGAGCGGUCGCUGUUGAAAGAAUUGGUCACGCCGGUGAAAACAGGCGGCGAAAGGUCGGUACAGGGAAGAAGCGCAGCAGGGAAGGGGAUGGGGGACAGAGCGGCGACGAAGCAUCGGUACCAGAGGAGCGAGGGGGAGAGGGAGGAGGGCGUAAAGAGGACGGUGAAAGCAUCUGCUGGCAGAGGAGGGGUUUCACGAGGAAGGGGCAGCAAAGGCGGGGGCGGGAGAAGGGGGAGAUCGGCAAGACGGGGCGGCAAUGCCUCAGGCGCAUCCUCAGCGGCAAGAACAGGAGGGGGUGAGGCGGGGGGCUGUGCAUCGGGGGGAGGAGGAGGGGGAGGAGAGGACCUGGUGUUCGAACCGUUACCCUCUCUCCACGCGGUGGUUUUCUCCUACGCUCAGGCUCGGGAAAGCCUCAACAUUCUCCAGGACCUAGAGCCGGACUUUGUGGUUUUGUACGACCCCGACGCGGCGUUCGUUCGAACCCUGGAGGCCUACCAGGCAGGGAGGCCGCUCGACCGCCCCCCCCUCGUGGUGUACUUCAUGCUGUACGAGCAGAGCGUGGAGGAGCAAAGGUACCUGACGUCACUGGACAGGGAGACGAAGGCUUUCAAGAGCCUCAUCGAGGAGAAGGCUCGCAUGACCGUCCCGGUCAGAACCACUACCUCGUUUUUGCCAGCGGAACGGACCGCAAGAGAAGGAAAAGUCACACGGCUUUCCACACCCCUCGCGGAGGCUGGCAAGGGUAGCAGCAGCGGCAGCAGCAGGAAGGGAGGGCGUCGGAAGGCACAAGCGUCUCUCAGGGUGGUCGUGGACCUUCGAGAGUUCCGCAGCGUCCUUCCCAACCUGCUGCAUCAGCAAGGGUUUGAGCUGGUCCCGUUGGUCAUAGCGGUCGGCGACUACGUCCUGACGCCCCAGAUCUGCGUCGAGCGAAAGAGCCUGUCCGACUUGUUCCAGUCCAUGUCUUCCGGCAGGCUGUACAACCAGGUGGAAGCGAUGCUGAAGCACUACAAGGUGCCCGUCUUGCUAAUCGAGUUCAACCCUGACAAGUUCGGGGAUCCGUCGUUUCCACCGAGCUUUUCCUUGACUCGGGCACUCUCGGCGAUCAAUCCCCACCAUGCAGGCUUUCUGUUUGCUGGGGUCGGGGGACCUGGCCUCCGAGAUCAAGCUGACCUCCAUCACAUCGCAGCUUACGCUUCUUACCCUCCACUUCCCUCAGCUCCGCAUCCUGUGGUCCAAGAGCUCAUGAAGAACAACGCCGCUGUAGACGUGGCAAAGGCUCAGGCGGCCGGGGGAGGCGGAGAAGAUGACCAGGGGACAGGGGACGACGCCUCCGCCAAAGAGCUGCUGAUGAGGCUGCCCGGCGUACUCCGAGAAGUGGACACCAUCGCCGAGCUCAGCCAGCUCUCCGAGGAGCAGCUGCGGCCCUUGCUAGGAGAUGUCAACGCCGCCAAGCUCUACAAGUUCUUCAGACAGCCCGCGCCUGUGUAG